AUUAAGUACUAUUAUAUAGUUGUAAUGUUCUACUGCUUUAUAAUUUGUUUCCUUUAAAAUGUUUGUUGUCUAUUGAUUAGUUUUAAAUGCUACAAAUGUGUUAUAAUUACUUAAUAGAUUAAAUUUAGUAAUGAUAAUUUAAUUGAUAAAUUUUAUCUAUAGUUAUUUGGUUCUUUAAUUUUUAUUCUUGUCAAUGUCUCUUAAGGAUACAAUGGCCAACGUACAGCAAAAUUCCAAUGGGUCUAAUUUCAAUGAUUACAAUGAUGUUAAUUUGACAAUACGGAUUUUAUUUCAUGGUCGAGAAGUUGGAAAUGUGAUUGGUAAGGGAGGUGAGACUGUAAAAAAUAUAAGAGAUCAAUCUGGGGCUAGAGUUUUAAUUUCUGAUGGUUCAACUCCAGAACGUAUUGUUACUAUUACUGGAACUACAAAUGCUAUUUGUAAGGCUACUGAACUUAUUGGAUUAAAAGUUGAAGAAUUUUUUGAAAGACAAAAUGGUGAUUGGAAUGGUCCUAAGGCACCAUUAACUUUUAAGUUAAUUGUGCCAGCAUCUCAAUGUGGCUUUAUCAUUGGGAAAGGAGGAUGCAAAAUAAAAGAAAUUAGAGAAUCAAGUGGUGCUGCUAUACAAGUAGCAUCUGAUAUGUUGCCAAAUUCAACUGAACGUCUUGUUUCAAUUACUGGUACUACAAACACCAUAUCACAAUGUGUUUAUCAAGUGUGCAAUGUAUUAUUAGAUUCUCCACCACGUAGUGCCACUAUUCCCUAUGAUCCUCGUAGUAAAACUUCAGGAUUUGCUAGUAGUGCAGUUGGUAACGAUUUUGGGAGACAACGCACUAAUCCUUUAGCCAGUCUUGCAGCUCUUGGUUUAGGAACUGCGUCUACAGGUGGUAUCAAUCCAGCUGCUUUGGCUGCGUUAGCUGGAAGUCAAUUGAGAACAGGCAAUCGUCAAAAUCGUAAUGGUGGAGAUCACAAAAAUCAAAAUUCUAAUUCCAACACUGAAACUGUAUCUAUGACUGUACCUAAUGAUUUGAUUGGUUGUGUUAUUGGUAGGAGAGGAAGUAAAAUAGCAGAAAUUCGACAAAUAAGUGGUGCUUUAGUUCAUAUUGCUAAAGGUGAUGGAACUCAUGAAAAUGGUGAGAAUGAAGAUCGACAUAUAACAAUUACAGGGAAUAAAGAUUCUAUUGCGGUUGCCAAGUACUUAAUUGAAAUGAGUGUGGAACUGCAGAAAGCCAAUCUUGAGGGGGCUAACUCAUCCUCUAGUCCUGAUGAUGGGUCCAGCUCAACCUUGCCUACUCCUCCGACAGUGGCCGCAUCUCCUUUGUCGUCCGCCAUCCCAUUGGCUCAACUAUUUGCCAAGCCGGGCGCCAUUAAUGCCUUAUCCAGCUUAUCUGCUCUUGGCGGCCUAACCGACCUCUUGGGAGCCUUAUCUGGCGCCAAUCAAUCCCCUCCAAUUCAGACCACGGGUGUUCAUCGCCCGAAAAAUUAUUUCCAGAGAAACCGCAGCCCUUCAGGCGACAAAACCAAAGCGGACAGGACCAAGUUUGCUCCUUACUGAAUGCUAAUUGAUCCCAAAUCCGCUAAUUAUUCAUAUUCAUACUUGUGUUUAAUCCUACCCAUCUUCAUUUCUUAUUUUUAAGUAUUUUUUUUAAAAGUUAUUUAGCAUAAUCAUUCUUAAAAAAAAAAAAAAACAAUCUUGUUUUUGAAAGCCUGAAAGAAAUUUGAUCUUUUAUUUGUUAUCCAUUUGUUUUUAAUAUAAUUACCGUGACUUUGUUUUAGGAUUUAAACUUAAAUAUUUAGUUUACAUAA